GUGCCCCCUGCCCAGUAUUCCCUCAGUACCAAGCGCUCGAGCCCUGACGACGGCAACGAGGUGUCCCCCUACUCCUUGUCCCCCGUCAGCAACAAGAGUCAGAAGUUGCUGAGGUCCCCCCGGAAACCCACGCGCAAAAUCUCCAAGAUCCCCUUCAAGGUCCUGGACGCCCCCGAGCUGCAGGACGACUUCUACCUGAACCUGGUGGACUGGUCGUCUCUCAACGUGCUCAGCGUGGGGCUGGGCACCUGCGUGUACCUGUGGAGCGCCUGCACCAGCCAGGUGACCCGGCUCUGCGACCUGUCCGUCGAAGGGGACUCCGUGACCUCCGUGGGCUGGUCCGAGCGGGGGAACCUGGUGGCCGUCGGCACCCACAAAGGCUUCGUGCAGAUCUGGGACGCGGCCGCGGGGAAGAAGCUGUCCAUGCUGGAAGGCCACACGGCGCGUGUCGGGGCCCUGGCCUGGAACGCCGACCAGCUGUCGUCCGGCAGCCGCGACCGCACCAUCCUGCAGAGGGACGUCCGCAGCCCCCCGCUGCAGUCGGAGCGGCGCCUGCAGGGCCACCGGCAGGAGGUGUGCGGGCUCAAGUGGUCCACGGACCACCAGCUGCUGGCCUCGGGGGGCAACGACAACAAGCUGCUGGUGUGGAACCACUCGAGCGUGAGCCCCGUGCAGCAGUACACGGAGCACCUGGCGGCUGUCAAGGCCAUCGCCUGGUCCCCGCACCAGCACGGCCUGCUGGCCUCCGGCGGGGGCACGGCCGACCGCUGCAUCCGCUUCUGGAACACGCUCACGGGGCAGCCCCUGCAGUGCAUCGACACCGGCUCCCAAGUGUGCAACCUGGCCUGGUCCAAGCACGCCAACGAGCUGGUGAGCACACACGGCUACUCGCAGAACCAGAUCCUGGUGUGGAAGUACCCGUCCCUGACGCAGGUGGCCAAGCUCACUGGGCACUCCUACCGCGUCCUCUACCUGGCCAUGUCCCCUGACGGAGAGGCCAUCGUGACGGGGGCCGGAGACGAGACCCUGCGGUUCUGGAACGUCUUCAGCAAAACCCGUUCGACAAAGGAAUCGGUGUCUGUCCUCAACCUCUUCACCAGGAUACGGUAAAGCCGGACUCGCCAUGCCAUAACCACGCUGGGCACCCGGCCCAGAGACCCUCCCCGCCAGCGUGCAUGGACCCCCGCAGCGCACUCCCAGGCUGCCUGCCUAGUGGGCAGGAGCCAGGCCCGGAGAACCUGAAGAUUCCAAUUAAAUGCCUGAUUGUGAAUAAUAUCAAGCCGUGUUUGGGGCAGGGACAUGGUUGGGGACCACCCAGGACCGGGGGGGUCUGUCUCCCCUCCCAAACGGCCUCAGCUUGGACGGUCUACACUCGGAGCGGACAGACGGACGGACAGCCCCUUCGCCUUGCCGUGGGGAGCACGCUCCGGGGACCCACACCGCCUGUGUCCUCCAUGUCUGCGGCCGCCCCACACCCCACACCUGGGGCUAUGGCGGGGGGCCCCGUGGCUCUCCAAGGUGUCCUCGGGGUGGGCCUCGGCUGUCAGGGCGCCUUCGAGGCCAGGACACGGCUUCUUUUGCCAGAGGAGAGCCCCCCGACGUUGACUUGUCAUCGGAGCAACGCUGCAGUCUGGGGGGCCCUGGCCCAGCACCUUGGCCCUCCCCGGCAAGGCCGGGCCCCCCACCUCCACCGGGAGCAAGGCCCCUGCGGCUCCUCCCGCACCCACCAGCCCCCCGCAUCCCGCGCUGGCUGAGGAGAGGAUGUUUCCGCGCAGUGGGUGGCGCAGGGUGGCACGGGCCGCCGCCACCUCCUCGGGCUCCCCAGGCCCGUCGCGGGUGCACCCCGUGUACAUACGUGCUCGUGACUUCUCUUUGCAUCCGUUUUUGUGUUUUUGUAGAUCAAUUCCCAGAAAUGUCUAAGGCCCGGGGGUGGGUGAGCUGCCUGCGCCCCGUGGGGGGCGGUUCCGGGGCCUCACCCGCGGGGAAGGUCACUUCUGCCGCACGAUUCUGGGGCGCACGGGGCCUGGGUGGGCGGCCUGUACAUAGGGGUGUGCGUUUCCAUCUGUCGGGAUCUUGUUUUUGUUUUGUUGCCUUUUUUCUUUUUUUAAUGAGAAAACAAACAGACCCCACCUGUACCCCACCCCACGGUAAUUGCCGAAGAGCCCCAGGGGACCCCACGGGCUGCGGGGUGGGGACCCCCGGGUCCCUGCAGCCUUGGAAGUGGGGCUGCCGCGGUGCGGACGAGGGGGGACGCCGAGCCUGUGACCCCAGCGCACUUCUGGACGGGCGGCCUGGAGGAGGGGACCCCGGGGCCCGGCAUGCACCCGUGUGUCGCUCGCAGACUGCAGCGUCCUUGUCAUUAAAUGGUUGUGAACUCA